AUGAUUGCGCAGCACAUUGCCAAUCUGAUGGGCAACGUCAAACAAGGGGUACGGUCCGUGCUGCCGGUCAUCAUCUUGCUGGUCUUCACCAUCGUCGGAGCCUUCAUGUUCCUGUCGGUGGAAGGACCAAACGAGAAGUACCAGUUGGAGCAGCUGAAGAUGGAGCGCGAGAAGUUGUUGGAGGUAAGUAUAUUACACGUCGUCAUUUCCAACAUCCUUUAUAUUUUUGAACAACAUCAUUUCAGGACACGGCCUUCAGACUAAACACUAUCAAGAACAUGAACCCCAUUCAAGCCUACAACCACACCAUCGACACCCUGGUUACCUACAGGAACAAGCUCGGUGUAGGCGAGGUGCACUUAAACGACACCAAGUGGAACAUCUGGGGCUCCAUCUACUACGCCAUGACCAUCUACACCACCAUUGGGUACGGUAACAUCACUCCAGCCACCACCACUGGCAGAGUGUUAACCAUCAUCUACGCUUUCAUCGGAAUCCCACUCGCUUUGAUCUCGCUUAUCGCCUUGGGUUCCUUCUUCGCCAAGGUCUGCAUGUUCUUGUGGAACUUCAUCAUCAGAACGUUCGGUUGCUUCUCAAAGGAUCUCGAGAAAAAGGUAAGCCCAAUCUUUACCUUGUUUGUUGGCUUGUCGUAUAAACCUUUAAUUAUUAUUAAUAUAUGUUAUCAAGAAAUGCACAAUUUUCAAAUUAUCUCACGUAAGAGAUAACUAUCCUGCUAUUAUGAAAGUAACUCAAUAUAAACAUAAACUUACAGAUGAAGACGCUCGGCCCAGACGAGACUAAGUCUGAAUCGGAAGAAGAAAACCAAGAAGAGCUCCUGAACUUCCCCGUGACCUUCCUCAUAUUCCUGACCAUCUUGUGGAUCUUCCUCUGUGCCUACAUCUUCUUGUUGUGGGAAGAUACCUGGGACUACGGCACUUCCCUCUACUUUGUCCUCAUCUCUUUCACCACCAUCGGCUUCGGUGAUGUUAUCGUGUCCAAGUCCAAAUACAUCAUCCCUGUGGGAUGUCUCAUCUUGAUCGGAUUGGCAUUGGUAUCCACCGUUCUCACCAUUAUUCAGAAGCAAAUCGAGGCCGUGGCCACAAACAUGAAGGAUUCUAUUGACAAAGAAUACCUGGCGGCGUUAGAACAAGUGUCUGAACAGUUGGACGCUGAAGACGAAGCUAUUAGCAACGGUGGCGACGUUGAGAAGGGCGACAAGAAGGGCAAAAAGAAGAGUAAGUUACAAUAAUAUGGGAUUUAAUACCUAAAAUAUUUGUUAAAAACAUAAAUAACAAAAAAAGAAAACACAAGAUAACAUAACAUUCAAAUGGAAUGCAAUCUCUUUGAUUCUAGAGAACAAGAAGAAGGACAGAUCCCUGGACGAGGUAGUGAAGCGUAUGCCUUUGAAGAACCGCUUCCUCUACCAUGUCAUGGGCGACUCCAACAGAAAACAGCUCGCUCAGCACGCCAAACAACGUUCCAGGAUCACCGUGACGUCAGUCCAGACCGAUCCCUGGCUGAUGGAAGGCCAAAGCUCGAAUGUAGAGAACCUGAACUACUAA